AUGGCCCUAUCGGAGCUGAACAAAAUUCCGAUCGUGCAGAUCUGCUUCUAUGUACCGUCGCUCUUCAUCGCGGUGCUGCUGUCGUGGCGCCACGGCUUCGGCCGCAGCUCUGGCUGGCUGUACCUGGUCAUUUUCUCGCUGACGCGCAUCAUGGGCGGUGCCUUUGAGCUGGCGACGAUCCACGACCGCGACAACGUCAGUCUCUUCGUGGGCGCCCAGACGCUGCAGAGCAUCGGCCUGUCGCCGCUGCUGCUGACGAUGCUGGGCCUAAUGACGCGCGUGUACCUCUCACUGGCCGAGCAGCGGCGGCCGGCCAUGCCGAACCUGCGCAGCCUGCACGUCACGCAGGUGCUCGUCGUCGUCGGCCUGAUCCUGUCCAUCGUCGGCGGCACCAAGAUGGGCAGCCAGAUCGGCGACGCCGUCAGCAAAGGCGGCCCGCUGACAUACACGGUCUCGGGCGAGACCAAGGGCGGCGUCGGCUGUAUGAUCGGCGGCUUUGUGCUGCUGCUGCUGUCGGGGCUGCUGCUGGCCACACGCGUCGGCGAUGUGCCGGCCGGCGAGAAACGGCUGCUGGCCGCCAUCGCCGUUGCCGUGCCGUUUGUCUUUGUCCGGCUGCUCUACGCCAUCCUGGCCGCGUUCGACACGGCCGACGCCAACUUCCGCAUCUACAACAGCGGCCCGCACUAUGCCAAGUACCUUCUGGUCAUGUGCACCAUCAUGGAAAUCGUGGCCGUGGUCGUCUUCGAGGCCGUCGGCCUCAGUCUCGUGUACGUCUCCCGCCGCCAGCGGGUCAGUCAGCAGGCCGCCAUGUCCGACAGCUCCCAGACACACACCCUCGCGACCUAUCCUGACUCAUCGUACCAGGCCAGCGGAUUCCAGCUCCAGAAGCAGCCGGUCUGA